GUGGGUUGUGUGUUCAAUAUAGUGUGUUUUGUCUGGCAGUUCUUGUGUUUCAUGCUCUAUGGAUGGUUGCAUUUGCGGCACGAAAUUUAAAAUGAUAGAUGUGCUAACCUAGAGCGCAAUUAAUUGAUUUGGCAACUUGCACACGAUUUCAAGCAGAAACAGCUUGACUUAAGUGUUAGUUUUCCAUAGCUGUUUGUAAUUGGAACUCUAUAAAAGACCUGUCUGUCAAACAACUGUUCAUCAAUUUUACAACACUGGUCAUCAUGUUUCAUACAUGUACCGGGUGUUUUAAGUUGGGUUCGGUUGUGACCAAAGAAAUCAUGUAAAAACACAAUGCAUUUUGCCACAGAUUUUCCUUCUCAUUCUCCUCUUCAUAAGUAAUUUAUGUUUCAGUGCGUGUGUCAAACGUGUACUUUUAAGAGUUCAACAUUUGCACUCCAGUCAUUAUUUUAGUGUUGGAUCUCUCCAUUUGUCUGGUAAUAUUGACAUUGUAACAGCGGUUGUAAGGCUAACUACUAAGACAUUGUAGCCUUUAUUUGCAAUAAGCCCAUAUUUUUCCACCUUUAAGAAUUUUUUUACAACAUGCUUUUAUUGUACAUUUUUUACUAAGGUUUUUUGUUUGUUUGGAAGCUCAUACUCAAGGGAUAGUCCAUGUGAGCAAUCUGAUGCCUUGCUUUCCAACUUUUUUUAGUGGAUCUUUUGUCUUGACUUAUCUUCCCUUGACAUACCUUUGUAUUGAAUGUCAGUCAAAAAGACAUUUGUAUUACCUGCUGCCAAGCACAAUUGAUGCCUGGACAUGACAGUAUUUUUUAAAGAAAAAAAUAAGCAAUAAAAGCACUCUUUUGUGAUACUUUGAAGCAUCUAAAAAUAUUGUUGAAAUGUUUUGAUGCGACAAUGUAGAAUUAUAUUAGGGGAAAGCAAUCUUUUUUAUUUGUAUGUCCCAAACUGCCUCACCAAUUUUGUAUGCAUUGCUGUUAACACAAUAGUUAAUAAGUGUUGUUUAAACUGGCCAGUUUCACAGCAUGCCUGGAGAUUCCAUACGCGUGUCAGGCAGCUGAACACAUAUCAAUGAACUCAGAAACUGUGAGGGGCAUUGUAUUGAAGCAGAGGAAAUUGCAUUUGUCCAAGAGAAUGGGUUGUAAAUUGUUUAUCACCAAGUUUCUCACAUCCCUCUAAACAGAAAGACAAUCUGUUACCGUUUAUGCCAGUUCCUUGUCAGUGUCAAAUGUUGUUUUUUAACCAAGAUAAAAAUCUUGGGCCAUUGUUCCAAAUAAAGCCUGGACCCGGGUUGGCUCUGAGUUGGUUAAACUAUUUAAGCCCUGAGGUACUGGAGGUCUUCAGGAAGCCUGCAACCUGGUUUGUGUCUAAUGGGAAAGACUUCUCAUGAUGUGGAUGUUCUGGUUGCUCGGUAGUAUUGUUGCCUUUCACAGUCUUAGCUGUACUCACAGUCAUCUGUGCCCGAAGAAAUGUGUAUGUGAGCAUACUAAGUCAGUGCAGUGUUUCAGAAUACAAGCUGUCCCCAGUGGCCUCUCAUUGGAUGUGAGAAAACUGAAUUUGGCCUACAACCAUAUCAAGGAGAUUAAGGGUAGAGACUUCACAGGCCUUUCAGACCUGCAGGAAGUGAGCCUCUCAUCCUGUGGUGUGGAACUACUGGAGAUCAACGCCUUCCUACCACAGACCUCCUUACGGGUUCUGGACCUGCAGAAGAACAAACUUCGCCAUGUGCCCCGCGGCCUUCCAUCCAGCCUGGAGGUCCUGCGUGUGGGACAUAAUCACAUUCAUGGCCUACAGGGGGUGGCCUUUGAGGGGCUCCACCAUUUACGAGUUCUGGACCUCCAGAGCAACAUGAUCACCGUUCUCCGAGCCAACACCCUCUCUGCCCUAGUGAAACUUGAGUGCUUGUACCUGGAUGGGAACCGCAUUGAGACGGUCAACGGUGCCCUCCGGCUGCCACAGCUGAACCUGCUGAGCAUGACUAGCAACCGGAUAUCCUCCCUGUCCUCUGCAUUAUUUGCCUCCCUGCAGUCCCUUAGAACCCUCCAGCUGUCGGAGAACCUCCUCACACGGUUGCCUCACAACCUCCCCAGGGCACUGCUCCACCUCAGCCUGGAUCGCAACAAGAUCCGAACCCUCCGGAACCGGGACCUGGCCCAGCUGAGGAACCUCACUGUGCUCUCAGUCUCAGCCAACAAGGUCUCGUCCAUCGAUGGGGGCCUCCGUCUGCCCAAUCUGACCUCACUAGAGCUGUCAGGGAACCAGCUGAAGGUCCUGCCCGGCAGGCUUGCCUCUAAACUGGAGACACUCGACUGUAGGCAGAAUGCCUUGCAGGAGGUCACCCACCAGCACCUGUCUGGGAUGCGACAUCUAAAGCAUCUGUUUCUGGAGAACAACACCAUCAGGCAUUUUGAGGCCAAAGCUCUGAGGAACUGCUUCCAACUUACUAACCUGGCCCUGGAACAGAACCUCCUCACCAGUAUUCCAGAAGGGCUCCCUGACACAUUAGUUCGUCUGGACCUGAAGCAAAAUCGCAUCGACACCAUCCAGGAAAAGGAGAUGAGAACCCUGAAGCGUCUGCAGGUCUUGAAUCUGCGGAACAACCACCUCUCCUCCCUCAGCCUGGCUGUUUUGGCUCACCUGCCCAGACUACAGAGGAUGUUCCUGGGAGGAAACCCCUGGAACUGCAGCUGUGAACUGCUCCGCGUGAAGCACCGGCUGAUGGUGCGGCAGGUGGACAUCGGGGAGGAGUUGUGUGUAGAACCUGCACCCACGCUGGGUGACCACUGGCGGGCAUCCCUGCUGGAACAGCCCAGAUGUAUCAACGAUGCUGCAGAAGAUACAGAUUACUCUGGCCCAGAGGAACAGACAGAGAAUGAGGAGUAUUAUGACUAUGAUGUAUGAUCAGAGUGAACGUAUAGAUUAUUCAGUGGUUAGGCCUGAGCAACUACUAUAGAUGAAUGAGAUUGGGAAGUCAAGUGACAUGUCUUUGAAAGUUUCCAGUGCAAUUUGGAGUAUGAAUCUAUAAAAUGUCUUGUGAUGAAUCGAUAAAUGUCUGAAUAAAUAUGUUUAAACACCA